AUGCCAUUCUCAAAGGGUGUUACCAUUGCCAUAGCGAUAUGCGUGCCAACCGCCUUAAUUGCUACUUUUGGCAUUAUCCUCACGGCCUAUAUUCACAAGGUUCGUGGUAAAAGAACCUCAGAGUUGGACGAGGCACCUAUCCGCAUGGACGAGGCACCCAUCCACAUGGAAGCGGAUGACUUCCACCCUGGCAUUGGUGUCACUGGACAAGAGCACGUAAUCCAUGGUUGGAUCAGACAGAAAGGCCACUGCGAGGGCCGUAGCAUCGACAAAAACGGAAACUUUUUUGAGACCAUAUACAACCCAUCCCCUGAUGAUGAUCGAGUCCACGCCAACAUAUUCCUUAACACGAGGCCUAACAAAUCAAACUGGAAUAAAACCAAAAAGCCAAACAUAGUGGUGAACACAACAUCUAGUUCUGAAGAGCAUGAACUCGAUCCCUUUAACCACUUACUGGCAAUCAUUUACAACGAGCGGAAUCGAAUGAGGAAUUCGCGUGGAAGUGAGGAAUUGAAAGGAGUACCAGCGGAGGCAGAUGUCUGA